CCUCGCUUCCUUCCCCUUCAUCCAAAGAGCCGCCAGCCAGGGGAGCCGUGGCCACAGCAGCCAGUGACAGCCAGUCCACAUGGCUGGGGACAGCGGGAUGGCCGGGAAGCCCAGACCCUCGGCCUCGCUGGUGCCCAAACCCCCCAGCUCCUCGUGGAGCCCCCCUGGAGGCCAGCGGUGCUUUGGGACCAGGUGACACUGACCUGCCAGGGCUCAGGGACCGCCGGUGCCUCCACCUGGUACAAGGACGGGCAGCGCUGGGGACAGCAGGAAAGUGACUACUUCACUGUCACUGAGAGUGGCACCUACCAGUGUAAGAGACCCGGCAGUGGGCUCAGCCCCCCUGUGAGAGUCUUAGAUGACCGGCUGGUGCUGCAGGUGUCAGCACAGGCACUGCUGGAGGGGGACACGGUGACACUGCGCUGCCGGGGCCGGCAGGACAAACUGGUCGCUGAGGUGCGAUUUUACCAGGACGAGAAGGAUCUGGGUGGUUCCCUCAGUGGGACCGAGCUGUCUCUGACCCUUCUGCAGCUGAACCACAGUGGCAGUUACCACUGCGAGGGCAUGGUGGGGUCCUGGCUGAGAAGGUCAGCAGCAGUGGCAUCCUCACCGCCCCUCUCCUUCCCUGAGAUCUUCCCAGUGGCUGUGCUGGAGGGUCCCCCUGAGCCCACCGUGGUCCCCCUGAAUCUCAGUUGCCUCAGCACCCCCAAGCCCCUGCAACCCCAAGGCCCCCUCCUGCACAUGUUCUACCAGGAUGGGCAGGUGGUGGGGGGCCCAAAGGGGUCCCUACAGCUGCUGGUGCUCGCUGUGGGUGUCUCCUACUCUGGGAAUUACAGCUGUGAGGUGCGCUCCGGGGGAGCCUUGUGGAAGAGCAGCGUCUGGCUUUGUGUCACAGUGCGCAGUGAGUGCAGGGAUGGGCACGGGGAGCCCCCACAGCCUCGCCGGGACACUGCCUUGGCACCUCCAUGUGCCCUAGACACAUUUCCCAGUUCUUUCCUUCUCUUCCCUUGUCCCCUCACGCAUUUGUGUUGUGACCCCAUCCCCAUGCCCGUGGCCAAUGCCACCAUCACCCACGCUCCCCUGGCACACCAAGUGCACCCAGGCGAACCCGUGACCCUGCGCUGCUCAGUGCAGGUGGGCUCAGCCCCUGUCACCUUCACCUGGCUGCACAACGGGCAGGAGGUGGCCCACGGUCCCCUCCUGGAGCUCAGGGACAUCAAUGUGGGACAUUCGGGCACCUACCAGUGCAUGGCCACCAACCAGCUGGGACAGGACGGGCACCACCUGUUCCGGGCACUCAGCCCAGAGCUGGCCCUGGCGGUGACACCGUGGGGACACAGGAACACAGGUGGGGUCACACAGGUGGCCCCAGGGGUCGGUGGGGCCCUUUUGUUCCUGGUCCUGCUCAUGGGUGUCAUUGUGGCCUGGCACCGGUGGCACCGUGUGGCAGCUGCCAGGAAGCACCAGGAAAGGGCCCCCCCGGAUCCCCCAGGCCCCCCAGAGGAGGGGGAGGUGCUGUACACCCAGGUUGUGUGCAGCAAACAGGCACAGUUGUCCCCCCGUGCCACCACACUCCAGGAUCCCCACGUCACCUACGCGGAGCUGCGGGGACCCCACGGGCGACCUCAGGAACCCGGUGACAUCUACGGGAAUGUGCUGUGACACUGGGGGGAACUGGGGGGCACUGGGCGUCCC